AUGAAAAGAAGUACUUUAAUCGGGCUGUACAUUGACGCAGUCCCAAGAAUACUCACGAUGAUUCAGUACCAGUCUUUGGUGCAGAAGAGAAGGGAGGUGUACGGGUACAUAGAGAGAUACAAACAGCUCCCCGUGGGCUCCAUCCUAUCUAAAGAUACGUACGAGGAUGAUAUAGGCCAGCACUACGCGGCUAAGCUGGCAGCCGCAGCGAGCGCAGAGUCCAUUGAAGAGUUCAUCGCAGGAGAGAUAAAUAUAUUCAGGCUUCGUCUGAAGCAGACAACAGACAGUGAUGUAUACAAGCUUUUUAUCAGCGAGUAUUUACCCCGCCUUCAGAAUCCAUUUACGUACGAGGUGCAGGAAGAUAAGAUAUUUGUAAGAAUUGAUGAAAAAAACAAGAUCAACUGGAUAGGAGAGAAAAAGAACGCAGAGCUUGCCUCUGAGGUGAUGGGUGCAUACAUAAAGCACAAGAGCAGCCUUGCAAUAUACGCACACUUUACAAAGUACUACACAGCGCAAGAGAAAUUUGCAGGAGGAUUUGCUAGAUCUGGAAUUGAGGGAAUUGGCAGUGUUUUAACGCGGGGGUUUAUGGACCUCCUGAAGAACAGCACACAAACGCUGUACAUGUCAGGUGUGCCAAGGCAGUACAUUGUAGCACAGCCGGUGGUCUCAGUGGCAAGCAUGAAACUGCAGGAAAAGGCCAUUCCUCUCUGCAUAUCCAGUGUUCUGGAGAAACUCAAAACAAAAAAACACCUGAAAUACGACGAUAGAUCAAAUUUGAACAACUUUUUAAAGGCAGCAGGAGUGCCCAUAGAAGACGCUAUUUCUCUG